CAGUUUUCUCCGCUGAACGUGACCCAUGUUCAGCCAUAUUCGUUGUAUGCCGCCGAUAAUGUUAUGUGUGCGGUCCUUACACGUGAACUUAAUGGAAUUACGUCUACCUCAUUAAACGAUUGACAAAACGGUAUACGGAAACGUAAUACUGCACGCGAGAAGACUCGAUAAGACAAAAAGAAGAAGUAUAGAUACAGAAGUUGUCAUCGCGAAACAGAGGGCACGCUUUCCACGUGGGAUUCGUGAACGCGUCGCCUCAUACGUGUAUGAUGUAGUAUGUACCGGCGAAAGCCUUUGUGUUAUUGAGAGCCACGUUGUCUCAUCAAAAGAGUAUAGUGUCCGCGUGAUCUGUGUCGUGUUGGCAAGAUACCUGAGACGUUACUACCGGAAUAUUAUAUAGAGUUCGCGAAUCAUAUAUCGUGUGCGCGUCCUAACUAACGUUUGGAGAGUUUGCCAGCUUUCCGAAUUAUUCGUCGACGUGAAGUUUGCUCCUGGAAGUUUGCUCCUGUUAACUCCUGGAACAAAUGUGAUUAUUAUUGUACUUUCGUCGAUACGGGACAAAUUAAGAAAAAAUGGUACCUCUAGGUCCAUCGCCGGGCCAUCAAACGUCCGUUGGUAAUUCCACAGGUGCAGCCGCUAGUGGUACAAAAAGCAAUACAAUAGUGAGACCUAACUAUACAUUAAAAUAUACUUUAGCUGGUCAUACCAAGGCAGUUUCAUCUGUAAAAUUCAGUCCAAAUGGAGAAUGGUUAGCAAGCUCUGCUGCUGAUAAACUUAUCAAAAUCUGGGGAUCUUAUGAUGGAAAAUUUGAGAAGACCAUAGCUGGUCACAAGCUUGGUAUUUCGGAUGUUGCUUGGUCCAGUGACAGUAGAUUGUUAGUAUCAGGUUCUGAUGAUAAGACUUUAAAAAUAUGGGAAUUGAGUUCUGGAAAAUGUUUGAAAACAUUGAAGGGACAUAGCAAUUAUGUUUUUUGUUGUAAUUUUAAUCCACAAUCCAACCUCAUAGUUUCUGGUUCUUUUGACGAGAGUGUACGUAUUUGGGAUGUUAGAACAGGAAAGUGUCUCAAAACUUUGCCAGCCCAUUCAGAUCCAGUGAGUGCAGUACAUUUUAAUAGGGAUGGUUCUUUAAUUGUGUCAAGUAGUUACGACGGAUUAUGUCGAAUUUGGGACACAGCGUCAGGACAAUGUCUGAAAACAUUAAUCGACGACGAUAAUCCACCAGUAUCAUUUGUCAAGUUCUCGCCGAACGGAAAAUAUAUUUUAGCGGCUACAUUAGAUAACACGUUGAAACUCUGGGAUUAUAGUAAAGGAAAAUGCUUAAAAACCUACACUGGUCACAAGAAUGAAAAAUACUGCAUCUUUGCAAACUUUUCUGUAACAGGCGGCAAGUGGAUUGUAUCUGGCUCUGAAGACAAUAUGGUUUAUAUUUGGAAUCUACAGACAAAAGAGAUUGUACAGAAACUGCAGGGUCAUACAGAUGUAGUACUUUGUACGACCUGUCAUCCGACAGAUAAUAUUAUAGCUUCUGCUGCACUUGAGAACGACAAAACUAUUAAAUUAUGGAAAAGUGAUACAUAAUAAAGACUUGAGCAUUUUUUUGUCAAAUGACUGUUCUUGUACAAACUAUGUUAUUACUUUGUUGGAAGAUUAUAGCGUGCAAUGGCUGCUGCAGUCAGAACACGGCAUGAAGCAAAGCGAUUAUCAGUUGAUUUGCCACUCUUCUAAAAACAAAAACUUGAUUUACUACCACUUCGUUUCCCUACUCCGUUUUGUCUAUAGGAGCUAUUAGAUCAUGCAAAUUAUAAAUACGUACAAAAGUAAUUAGAUACGAAUUAUAUACACAAAAUGCAGAUAUUAUUUUAUUAUCAAUGAUACUAGACAAGUUUUUAGCCUAAAACACUUGACUUACACUUUAGCGAUUUACUUCCAAAUAAAAGAUCUAAGAACUAUAA